AUGUCUGCUAACGAUUAUUACAGCUCUGGUGAUAAAAACCAACAAUACAAUCCUCAACAAAACCAAGGUCAACAAGGUCAACAAGUUGCCGGUGGCGAUGGUGAAAGAGGUUUAGGUGCCACUUUACUUGGUGGUGCUGCUGGUGCCUACGGUGGUAACAAAUUAGGUGGUAGCCACUCAACUCUUGGUUCAAUUGGUGGUGCUAUCCUUGGUGCCAUUGGUGCCAACAAAGCUGAAGAUGCUUUUGAAGACCGUAAAGAAGGUCAUCACGGUGGUGGUGGUGUCUUCGGUUUUGGUGGUGGUAAUGAAGGCCAUGAAGGUGGUCGUCAUGAAGGUGGUCGUAAUGAAUAUGGUGGAAACUCUGGCUUUGGCGGUGGUCGUAAUGAAUACGGUGGAAACUCUGGUUUUGGUGGUGGUCGUAAUGAAUAUGGCUCAUCAGGUCGUGAUGAAUACGGAUCAUCAGGUUUUGGUGGUGGUAGAAAUGAAUAUGGAUCAUCUGGCCGCAAUGAAUAUGGGUCAUCAGGUUUUGGUGGUGGUAGAAAUGAAUAUGGAUCAUCUGGCCGUGAUGAUUAUGGUGGUAGAAAUGAAUACGGAAACCAAGGUGGCUUCGGUGGUAAUCAAGGUGGUUUUGGUGGUAACCAAGGUGGUAGAUGGUGA